GAGGUAAUUUUAGGUGUGUGAAAACCAUGUGAUUGGAUGGAACUUCUGAUGUCAAAAUAGGAUUUUUGAAGUGGUCACAUGGAAUCAAAAAUGAAUGGAUCAAAAUCAUCAAUUUUAAUUCCGUUACAGGAAUUGAACAAAAUUACAUCAGAUAUACUUCAAGACCGAAAAAAUGCUAAUCGGAUUAUCGAUCUUAUUGAUAGUUUAGCAAAUUUGGAUUCAAUCCAAGCUGGUAACCUUUAUGUUGAAUCAUUAAUACGAUGUCUGUCUAAGAUAUGGACCAAUUAUAUUGAUUCUCGUGAAAUGGUCUUGUUUAAAGACGAUGACACAGGACAACACAGCAAAAUAAAUAAAUUUAAAUCUUGGCUUAUUUCUCUAUACGAAUCCACCAUCAAUCUUUUUAGUGGAAUUUUGGAAAACAAACAAUCCAACUAUUCGCUGAAACUAAGACAAUUGUGUCUAGAAUCACUGAUAAAGUUCGUAGAAGAAGAAGGAAAAUUCCCUUACCGUUCUGCAAUUCAUAAUGAUGAAAUAAGCUUUCCGGUUGAACUUUUGGAGAGAAUAGUUCGAUCUCUAAUCUCAGAACUGUUUUAUAAUCAAGAAUUGAUUACAAUCUACUCAAAGUAUCAAUACGAUGAUUUAUUGCAUUUUACCAUGAAAAUAUUGCAUAAGAUUAUUGACGAGAAUAAAGGAUGUAAUAAUCAAAGUCUAAUUCUCAAUAUCAUUGAAAUGCUUUUUCCUAUCCGAUUAAUUGCUCCGGAAGAUUUGUUACCUAAAAGUUUACAAUCAGAAUUUAAAAUUAAAAAAUCUAAUGACGGCCGUAAAACUAUGAUUCGUUUGUGUGAACUUCAACGCAUUGAACAUUCUGAUGCUAAUUGUAACUAUAUGGCUAAAUGGAUUCAAUUGCCUACACGUAAAUUCAAAUUCGAUUAUCAACGUGAUGCCCAAAUUUAUUCGUCAUUGUGGCUCAAAUUUUUCACUUUUCCAUUACCACCACAGGUGUUUAAAAAAUCUCUGCUUCAUCUUGACAAAUAUGCAAUGAGACACUUUGAAAAUCCAUUAUUGUUGGCUGAUUUUCUUAUAAAUUCGUUUCAAAUGGGAGGAAUCAUCUCAAUUUUGAGUCUUAGUCCACUUUACACAUUGAUUCAUAAAUGCAACUUAGAAUAUCCAAAUUUUUUUGGCCAACUUUACGGUCUUCUGGAACCUGCGAUUACUUAUGUGAAUCAUCGACCACGGUUUUUGUUUUGGUGCGAUUUAUUCCUAACAUCCACACAUAUAUCUGCAGCAAUUGUUGCUUCGUUUGCAAAGAAAUUUGCCCGUUUAACAAUUUAUUCAACCCCCGACACUAUACUAAUUUUAUUACCAUUCAUAGGGAAUUUAUUCAUCAGACAUCCACUAAUCAAACGAAUGCUAGAUUAUAAACAAAUUGAACCCGAACAAGAUCCAUUUCUUGAUCAUGAACAAGAUCCAGAAAAAACUAAUGCAUUAAAUAGUUAUAUGUGGGAAUUGAAUUUACUUCAAUCACAUUAUCUUCCUGAAAUUGCUUCACUUUCAAAACAGAUUUGCAGUGAAUUGCCUCGUUAUGAAUGGAAUAUGGAAGAUAUUCUUGAAACUUCAAUGGAUGAUGUAAUACACAAAACAAAAACUUUAUUGGUUGAUCAGAAAAAAUUUUCAUAUGAUCUUGAUUGUAGUCUUUACUAUGAUUUAUAAUUAUUUUAUUUAGCU